AAGGAUCAACACUCUAUAUGAAAUAUAAAUGUUCAUAUUCAUAGGUGAAAGUAUCGCGUAAAUAUUAGAUGCGUUUAAAAUUAUAAGUAGUACUGUAUUUGAGUAUUUAUUCGUAAAUAAAAUGCCGAAGGUACGAAGAAGUAAAAAAUCUCCACCCGAUGGUUGGGAAUUAAUUGAACCAACAUUAGAAGAGUUGGAACAAAAAAUGCGCGAAGCCGAAACAGAGCCACACGAAGGUAAACGUAAACAGGAAUCUUUAUGGCCGAUAUUUAAAAUUCAUCAUCAAAAAUCACGGUACAUAUAUGAUCUAUUUUAUAGACGAAAAGCUAUAAGUCGCGAAUUGUACGACUACUGUUUGAAUGAAAACAUAGCGGACCAAAAUCUCAUAGCAAAAUGGAAAAAAGUUGGAUACGAAAACUUGUGUUGUUUGCGAUGUAUACAAACAAGAGAUACAAAUUUUGGUACAAAUUGUAUCUGUCGUGUACCAAAAGGCAAAUUAGAAGAAGGAAGAAUAGUGGAAUGUAUACAUUGUGGUUGUAGAGGAUGUUCUGGUUGAUAUGUAAUUUUAUUAAUUAAGAUAUAACAUAUACAUAAAGUUAUAAUAAUAAUAAUAAUAAUAAUAAUAAUAAUAAUAGUGGUAAUAAUAAUCACUUCUUACCUUGCAAUGUGUUUCAGCAUUUGCUACUAUUUUGUUUCUUAUAACUAAGUUACACCUUCUUAUAUAUAUUUAUAUGUUUCAUGUAUUCGCUUUAUUUUACAUAUUUCGUUCAUUGUAAUGAAUAGUUACAAACUAUAGUAAAAUGUAAAUCGUUUAUGAAAAUGAUAUUUUUUGGUCUAGUAACAUGGUUUUUUCAACU